CUCCCGCGAGUGGGGCAUUGUGGGUCGCCGCGCUCCUGCUGCCGUCCCCGCCGCCACCGCCACCGCUGUCCGCGCCUCAUUAUGUCGGGCUCUCCGGUAAAGCGUCAGAGGAUGGAGUCCGCGCUGGACCAGCUCAAGCAGUUCACCACCGUGGUGGCGGACACGGGCGACUUCCACGCUAUUGAUGAGUACAAACCCCAGGAUGCCACCACCAACCCAUCCCUCAUCCUGGCUGCAGCACAGAUGCCUGCCUACCAAGAGCUGGUGGAGGAGGCCAUCACCUAUGGCAAGAAGCUCGGUGGGUCACAAGAGGACCAGAUAAAAAAUGCUAUUGAUAAACUUUUUGUAUUGUUCGGAGCAGAAAUUCUGAAGAAGAUUCCAGGCCGGGUAUCCACUGAAGUAGAUGCAAGGCUAUCCUUUGAUAAGGAUGGAAUGGUGGCCCGUGCCAAGCGCCUCAUCGAGCUGUACAAGGAAGCUGGAGUCGGCAAAGACAGAAUCCUCAUCAAGCUGUCCUCGACCUGGGAGGGAAUUCAGGCUGGGAAGGAGCUGGAGGAGCAGCAUGGCAUCCACUGCAACAUGACGCUGCUCUUCUCCUUCGCCCAGGCUGUGGCCUGUGCCGAGGCGGGCGUGACGCUUAUUUCCCCCUUUGUGGGGCGCAUCCUUGACUGGCAUGUGGCAAAUACAGACAAGAAAUCCUACGAGCCCAUGGAGGACCCUGGGGUAAAGAGUGUCACCAAAAUCUACAACUACUACAAGAAGUUUGGCUACAAGACCAUCGUCAUGGGUGCUUCCUUCCGCAACACGGGUGAGAUCAAAGCACUGGCAGGCUGUGACUUCCUCACCAUCUCCCCCAAGCUCCUGGGGGAGCUCCUCAAGGACAGCGCCAAGCUGGCGCCUGCUCUCUCCAUCAAGGCGGCCCAGGCCAGUGACUUGGAGAAGAUACAUCUGGAUGAGAAGGCCUUCCGCUGGCUGCACAAUGAGGACCAGAUGGCUGUGGAGAAGCUCUCUGACGGGAUCCGCAAGUUCGCUGCCGAUGCUGUGAAGCUGGAGCGGAUGCUGACAGAACGAAUGUUUAGCGCAGAGAACGGGAAAUAGGGCAGCGCCUGAGGCUGGACCCCAGACUUGCACUGCCUGUGAACUGGGGCCUAACUGCACAAGAAGGAGGAAUCUUGCAUUUUUUAGCAAUCCGAGCAGGGAUGGAUCAUAGGUUUCUGUUUUGACAUGGAAAUUUGCCUACUUGAUUAAAGCAGUUGCUUUUCC